UCAAAUCUCAAUCCUCUAAUAACACUAAGCAUAACCAAGCAAAAGCAUCAAUGGCGUUUCACAGUAGAAAAUUCAUCUUUCUGAAGCUCGUCCUCUUCUCGCUACUUCUUCUUCCCUUGUCCCAAAGCAAUAAUGCUACUCGUAUCCCACGAGCUCCUAUUGGCCCGAGAAGACCAAUUUGCCCGGCUUGUGUGUGUUGUGAGCCAGCUCCGCUAGGAAGUUGCUGCAGAUGUUGUGCAUCCCCUAUCGUCACUCAAACUCAUCACCCCUCUCAAUCUCCAUGAAACAAAACAUAACAUUAAAAAGGUUGACUCGGUACAAAAGAAAAAGAAGAAUAAGAAAUAUAGUCUUUUUCAGUUAAUGUUUCUUUGUUUCCAUGUUCUAAUAAUGAGCUUUAAAGUCAACUUGAGUUUGAUUUUUCAA